GGUGAAAUAUUACGAAAGUGACAAGAUGUCUGGAAGAGGAAAGACCGGUGGUAAGGCUCGCGCCAAGGCUAAGACUCGUUCCUCACGGGCCGGUUUGCAGUUUCCCGUCGGUCGCGUUCACAGGUUGCUGAGGAAGGGCAACUAUGCUGAGCGUGUGGGCGCUGGUGCUCCGGUCUAUUUAGCUGCUGUGCUCGAGUAUCUGACCGCUGAAAUUCUCGAGUUGGCCGGCAAUGCGGCACGCGACAACAAGAAGACCAGAAUCAUUCCUCGUCACCUGCAACUGGCUGUGCGUAAUGACGAGGAGCUCAAUAAGUUGCUGGGUGGGGUAACAAUCGCACAGGGCGGUGUGUUGCCUAAUAUUCAGGCCGUCCUUCUGCCCAAGAAGACCGAGAAAUCCGUUAAGAGCAAAUAAGCUGCUCGGGUGACCCGCUUCUAAAUACC